AUGAAGCUGUUGACCUUCCUUUUUGCUAUUCUCGGAGCAUCAACAGCUAUUGUUCUAGCUGCUCCUGCUCCUGUCGAGGGUAGUGUUGGUGCACCAGUUGCAAAACGCGAACCUGAUCCCGAGCCAGAUGCCGCCAUGCCUACCUAUCCUUCAACUGCUCAUACCCAUGGCGAGCCAAACAUUGGAGCAUGCUACGAUAUCUGCUGCUAG